GGCAGUAGCUUUGCAAGCCAGGUGAGAGAGUUUGGGGGUAUUGGUGAGCUCGGCUUGUGAGCGGAGACGAACGUUUGGGAACACCGGCUACGUCCGAAGGGUGCAACUUGGGGGGGCAGACCUCUAGGAAGAAGCUCAACUUUGCCUGAAAGUCUAGGAACUUCUUUGGGGCGGAGUAAAACACAUUGAGCUUGGAGUAAGAAACUAUUUACUUUGCCAAUGAGUGAAGCAAUCUUAUUGCAGAACAAACUGGGGGAAGCCUUGGAAGGUGAAGAUGAUGAUAUGACAUGUGGAGACUUGGGAAAUGGACUUAUUAGAAGAUAUAGUGAUAUUCAUGAAUUAGAAGGCUUCAAUGCAUACGCAGGCAGGCUUAGAAGAGGCUCAGCAAGGAAAAGCUUCAACUCAUGUAUGUUGGCAAACAAAGGAGAAGACUAUGAUGCAACAGCUUUUCGUUGCUCAAAGUGUAACAGUUUGAAUGACACGUUGGUCAAAAAAUUGGGAAUGAAUGGAUUUGCUAGCUGCAGCCGCCAAAACAGCUCUGAGUCUAAUUCUGAGGCAUCAAAUGAAGACUUAAAACAACAUCUUCAAGAGGUUGUAGAGGAAGUAGAAAUUUUAAGAGUUGAGUUGGAAGCGUCUCAAAGACAACUUGAAGGCAAGGAACAAGCAUUAAAAAUUCUGCAGAGCAUGGCCGUGUUGGAUAAAGCCACUAGUCAUACUAAAGCAGUGUUUAAAAAAACCGAGCAACAAAAGAAAGCUUUAGAAAAGGAAAUAAAUGUUCUGCAGUGGGAAAUCAAAAUUAAUCAGGAGAAAUUUAAAAAUAUAGAGGAGACUUGGGCAGACAAAUAUGAGAGAAUAUAUUGUGAAAAUGCUGCACUUAAAGAAACACUUAAAUUGAAAACUGAUGAAAUUAAAGCACUAAGGUCUGAAAAUGAAUUUCUGGAUCAACAGCACUUGGAGAUUCUUGCAAUGCUUGAUGUAAAACAGCGGAAGAUUGUACAGGAGAACAUGUCUCUUAUCAAGAGUGGUGUUACAGAGAUUACAGGACUUGAACUGGCAGUACUUGGAGCCUGCACUUGCAUUGGGCCCGAGGGAGAUCCGUGCUCCUGCGCGAAGAUGUCAGCAGCAACUCGAAAACAACUUCUUCAACUCAAACAGGAGUUUGAACUUCUGAAGAAGAGUAAAGAAGAAGCUUAUAUAAUGGCAGAUGCCUUCAGAAUUGCAUUUGAGCAGCAGCUGAUGCGGAGGAAGGACCAGGCUUUGAGGAUUGCACAAAUGAGUAAGAUCUGCAGAAAAGAAAAGGAAGUAUUAAACUGGAAAAGCGCCAGAGAGGAUGGUGUUCCCAUGCUUCAAAGGAAUAGGAAAAGCUUGGGGCAAAAGCUGAUGGGCCUGCUUGCUUCUGCCACUGAUAGUAAGAAAAUGGAAGAACUAGAUAAGCCACAGGAAAUCAUUCGGAUGCUAAUAGACUUGCUUAAUGAUAAGGAGGAGGCAUUGGCCCAUCAAAGAAAGGUUAGUUACAUGCUUGCUCGUGAAUUGCAAGAGAAAGAAGAUAAUUUGCAAAAGGAUACAGAAGAAGAGCUUGCUCUUAAGAGCAAUCAGUGCAAAAAAGAUUCAAAGCACCAAGAAUUGGUUACUCCAGUAUGUUCAUGUCGCCAAACAUGUACUCCUCAAGAUGUUUCCAGUUCUAUCUCCAACACAUAUCUCAACAGAAUGUUGACUUGUACUUCUCAGAGUUCUUGUUCCCUGACAUCUGAAGAAAAUUAUGUGCACGAAACAGAAGAAACAGCUAACACAAACUGAAGAUAUGGACUGCUCUGUAGGAGAAUAUAGAGUGUCGAGCCUGGAGGAAAAAAUAGCAAAGGCAACACACCACCUUAGCACUUCUUUUAACAAUUUAAGACUCUUAAGUUCUGUGUGUGCUCUAGUGCACACAUGGAGUUUUUGUGUGAGUGGUCUUUUCUAUCAUCUUCCAUGUUAGGGAUAGGUCCAUGAACACCGUGAUAUGUGUGAAAAGUUGCCCAUUAAUAGGGAAGUCUGAACAUGCAGGAAUUCUGGUGUGCCUGUAAAGUCCUGGAUUAGACUAUGAUUUUUAGGGCUGUGCCCAGCCUCCCAACUUGCCUUGGAGGCUGUUUCAGUGCCUCUGAAAUAGCCAUAAUUCGACUCUGGGUGCUUCAGAGCUGGGCCACCUCGCUUCAAAACGGAAGCCAAAGCAAGGUGCGUGCCCCCUGAAGUGGGUCAGCCCUUGUAGGUUCCUGGGCACUGCUGCGCAGCCGGCAACCAGGAGAGCCGGUUGCAAGGCCGACUAGGAGCCCAUUGGACUCCUCGCUUACUCACCCACACCCCACCUCCCUCCCUCCAUGCUCGCCCUCCCAAACCCAGAGCUUCCACCACCCGUAAAACUUCUCUUUGCCAUCCAUCGUCCUCCAUUAGAGCUGCAAUUUAAAGGUAAGAUGUGGGUUCUGUCGUUUUCAUAGAUCUGUGGUUGAAAAUUAUGGAAAUGUCCCUUUAUGGCUGCUAUAGUUUGCAGCUGUCGGACUGUGAAAAUGAGAGAGCUUACCUUUAAAUCACGGCCCUAAUAGAGGAAGAGGGAUGCGAAAGGUAAG